GGACGUCAAAGGUGUGUAAUUGAAAGGUUUCCCAGUCAUAAAUCGAUUUUGUUCUGUGUGUUGUAGAGAAAAUUCACUUUUCUUCGGGAAAUCAAUGAAAAAUUAGGACAAGUGCUGAGGCAUGAAGAUUGUGGUAUUAUUGCUCCUUGUUGCCCUGGUGGGUGGCAGAGCAUGGGCCAAUCAAGCUGAUGAAUUUGAGGAUAAUGAUUUUGCGGAAUUUGAGGAUUUUGAUGAUGAUUUCGUCACCCCGGGAACUCCAGCAGCUCAAGGUCCUGCAGGGCAGAAAAAAGAGCCCGAAGCUGUGAAUGGGGAUUUCAAGGAGAUCGAUGGGGAUGAUGCUGAUGAUGAAGCUGUGGUGGAGGAUGAAGAUAGUGAGUUUGAGCAUUUUCACGAUGAAGAGGAAUUUGAGGGAUUUCCUGGUGAGCAACAAACCACAGAUGGAACACCACUGGAUGCAAAGGCAGGAGAACCCAAGCUUACCAUGGCAAAGGUUCCAAUGCACUUCCGGACACAUUGGGAUUCCUAUUGGAUGGAAAUGAUCAUGAUUGCCGGCUUAUUUGCGUACUUUGCAAACUUCUUCAUGGGUAAGAGUAAGAACACAAAGCUGGCAAAUCUCUGGCUUUCGACACAUCGACAGCUCCUUGAGGAUAACUUUGUUCUCGUCGGGGAUGAUGGGAAGCUUGAGAAUGAAUCCCAUGGCUUGGUGAAGGAGAGCGAGAGCACGUUCACACUGUGGUGCAGCGGAAGGACAUGCUGCGAAGGGAUGCUGGUGGAACUGAAGAUGAUCAAGCGGCAGGAUCUCGUGGCUGUGAUUGCAGGACUUGUCAGGCCAAACAUUGACCAGGUUCACAUUAAGAUUGAGAUGAGUCGCGAUGUUAUGGACAAUUUUGUCUUCUGCGUUGCCACCAAGAAGUCCGCCACGAAGCUGUUCAAGGAGCAAUCAGACCUCAGUAAAUUCUGCACUCUAGUCAGCAAAUCCGAGGACAAGUACAAGGUUCCAUUGGGAUUUUGCGUUCUGUCCGAAAUUCCCGAAGCCUCAUCGGGCAUUCUGGAUUCUGUGCUCAUUGCUGCCCUCAAUAAGUACGCCCCCCUCAUUGAGUACAUCCACAUUUCGGAUCAAUUUAGCGGUGUCAUCCAGCAGGAAGAUCCUGGGAAUCUGAAGCAACCCGAAGUGAAGCGGAUGCUAAUGGCGGGCUUCAAUAUGCCCCUCAAUGUUGACAUGGAGAUGUCCAUGAAGCCCCUCCUUAUUCUAAUCUUCUACCUCAUGGAACGCCUCAAGCGCUUCCGCCUGUCCAAGGAGGCCAAGGCGAAGGCCGACAAGAAUCGUGCACGUGUCGAGGAGCAAUUCCUCAAGAAUACUCACGCAGCACGUGCCGAAGCUGCUGCCCAGCGGCGUGAAGAGAAGCGCAAGCAGGAGAAGGAACGUGUGAUGGCGGAGGAUGAUCCUGAGAAGCAGAGGCGCUGGGAGAAGAAGGAGCAGAAGCGUCAGGCGAAGAAGAAGGCUCCCAAGAUGAAGCAACUGUCCAUUAAGGCCCUCUAAAUCCCAACCAGUUGCAUUGUCUCACAUCUCCUCCAAUUCCCUCUGUUAAAGCUCUAAAUGGGGGCCCAACGAAAGUCCCCAUUUGAGCAGCCCCCUUCGGGUCUUUUUGUGAGAUUAUAGAAUUCACAAUAAAAAAAACUAUAGAAGAAAUUCUCGAUCAAA